AUGGAACAAUUUAAACUAUUAGAAAAGAGAAAAUUGGAAAUUGAAGAGGAGUUGAAGGAACUGCAGAGUGUUUUAGUACGAGAAAAUGCAACGAUGAAUACUCCGUUAAUAACGCAAGAUGGGUUUCCCAGGUCUGAUAUCGACAUAUCUACGAUACGGCCUGCGAGGCAUAAAAUAAUCCUGCUUCGAAACGACUACAACAAGAUAGAAGAAGAAAUUAAGCAAGUCUUGGAAAGUGUCCUUUCGGCAGAAGCAGCCAAACCUGAUCUUGCGAACGGGACUUCCGAAACACAUCUCAAAACGAGUGCUCAGGAUGAGGCUGUAGGUGUUGAUGAAUCUUUCGUGAAUGGAAAUCAGGCCCGCAUUUUACAAAGAGCUUCUAUUUUAGGAAGACCGAAGCCAUUUUGUGUUGUAGACUCAGUGGCUGUCGGUAGCCCAGCCCAAGAAGCUGGACUUUGCGUCGGAGACGAGAUUAUAAGCAUUCAUACUUGUACUAGUUUGGCUUCCUUGCCUGCUCUUGUUCGGAACAACAUGGAAGCAAGCUUAAUUGUGCUAUUAAUUCGCGGAUAUGAUGCCGAUGAUUCACCAAGAAUUUAUCGACUCUCAUUGAGACCCCAUACUUGGCAAGGCCCUGGCGUACUAGGCUGUCAUUUACGCUAA